CUACUACUAGAAAGAUGAACGUUUCAAUAAUAUCACCCUGUGCAAUAGCCAAUGUGUCAUUAAUUGACAGUGACAAUUGCAAACUAUUAAUUUCGAAAUUCCUGUUUGGCCGAGCGAAUGUGCUCAAAACGUGUAUAUUUUCGUUGAAAGAGUGGCUAUAGAAAGAAAAAGGUAAAGAAAAUGAAACGAAAAUCCAAAAAUCCGUUAUUUUUUCCGGGUAUCCUGAAGGCCAUCUCGCAACUGCAACAGUCAAAGGGUGCCACAGAAGCCAAAAUUCUCGACUACAUACAAAGACUCAUGCUUGUCAUCAAUCCGUCAUCGAACACGCAGAAAGUACAUAAUCUACCGCAACAGGUGCGAAGAGCUUUGAAACAUGCUCAAAAACUGGGACUUGUUACGCAGAAAGGUGGAAGAUAUCUCCUCACCAUUAAUCCAGUCAAGAAUAGAUUACAUCCAGCUAGUAAGAAAUCAUGCAAACCUAAUAUUCACUUGACAAGAUUCAGGACGUCUACGUCAGUUGGAAAAACCAACAAAGUUGGAACUGUAAAAACAAGACGCAGCAGUACCCAACCGGACAAGGCGUGCGGUCAUUGCAGGAAAAACAAGCGACGCAGGGCUAAGUCCAGACAAAACCGAAGUAGAAGAAGACGUCGUCAUGCUGGUCAUGGAAGUUUAGGCAGUCUUGAUGACAAAAACGAAGUCGCGUCUUCCGAGGAAUCGUUCGAGAGUAACUGACACCUUGACUAUGUGACGUUUUCACUUGUAACAGAAUCGUUCCGUUCAAUAAAUUUUGGCUUAGUUCUCAUAUAAAACAAAUACCAAUGAUACGCUAAAAUGUAGCAGGUUCGAUAAUCAUUCUACGCGGUUGUUAUGAAAACCCGGCACUGUUAUUCUAAACUGUUUAAGAAACAUUCGGGUAUCUCUCAAAGCAUACUCGAUUUUUAUGGCACGAAGCAGUUGUUUCUAGGCGAGCGUGGGAGUCAAAACAUUAACACAUCGUUUGAUAGCUCCCGAAAAUGGACGGAAACUAAAAUAAACUGAUACGCCGAACAGCGAAGCGAUUACGCUCAAGAAAACUGGAAUUUAAGGAUUCAUGCUGGAUGAUAAUUUAUCUUUUGUCUGCGCGAAUGUUAUGUUUAUGUUGCCAGUUGUUGUUGUUCAUUACCCC